AUGUUGGAUUUACCAUCAAAUAAAAGAUUAGGAUCUACUAAAAAUGAAUUAAGAUUUGUGGUGAAAAGUCAAAAUUUUAUUAUAAAAAGAUGUUCUCUUGUACUUUUUAAAACAAGAAACUAUUCAAGUUAGUUAUGCCUAAUCUUUUAUUAGACAACUAAAUAUAAUAUUUUAAGAAAAGCCAAAUCUCAAACGAAUUAGAAUUCAAACAUCUAUGUAUUAAAAAGGGAAUAGUGUUGUAAAAUUUAGUAAUUAAAAAAUACAUGUUAAAUUUAACAAAAAAAGAAUUAUGAUGAUAGAAACUAAGAGUUUAUAAGUUCAAAUCAACCAUUUACUCCUAUAUCUUUAGAAUAGCUACAAAAUUAAAAUGGAAUAUAAACUAUAUUAAUAGUUAAUGGUUCUGAUAUAAAGGAUACCCAUAGUAUGUUGAAUGAAGAUGUGCAAAUUUUGAAAUAAAAAAGUAGUGUUUAAUUUAAAAAAUAUGUGGAAUUUAAAUUUGAUUAAAAAAUUUAGUUUUUUGCAUAGUGA